ACUGUCGGAGUGGGAUCGCUGUCGCAGUCUCUUCGGUUUGAUGGCCAUGUGGGUGUCAUAAUCCGUCAAAACUCAAAAGAAUUUAAAUCAGCAUUUGGAUUUUGCUCUCACUUUUCGUGCCUGCUGCCGUAGAAAAUAAAGAAAAAUACUUUUUCUGUGCAAAGUAGCUUUUGCAUUUAUAUGCUGCCCAAUUGUUUGUCAGCACUGGUUUUUGAAAACAUUGACAUGACUUAUUCAUCGGCAGCCGUGAUUUCCUAAUUCAUUGUCGAAGUAUGUGAUAUAUAUACCUGUCGAUGAAACAGACACACGUCCUGUUUGAAGUUUCAUGAUGAUUUAGAUCUGAAUUGCUGCAGUGUGCACGCGAGAACGCAAUCAAAAAAUGAUUUAGAAAUUGUGGCAAUAACUUCUCACGUAUGAGUUGUGGGAUUUGUGUGACUAAUCUCUUCCCGUUGCUGGACAUCGUGAAGUCGUACAAUGACAGCUGAAUUUCUUAUUUUACCAAAAAAUUAAUCUUUUUCGUCCAUUUUGGUUUGGUAAUAUAUUUGAAUUUCCAGUGAAAAUGUAUCCAGUUAAAAAUGCUUUAUUUCUUCCCUCUGGAUUUGUUAUGGUCCUUGUUCUGACAGUUGUAUCAGCUGGUCAAGAUGGAGGUUUUCUCUUGGACCCUUUACCCACAGAAGACCCCGAACCUUCCACCACCCCUGUCUUUCUGGAAGAACCUCAAGAUUCUUAUGUUAUCCGAAACAAGCCGGCAACAUUAUCCUGCAAAGCCAGGCAUGCUCUUCAAGUGUAUUUUGAGUGCAAUGGUCGUUUAGCAGAAAAUCGCCAGCACAGUGUGCAACAGUAUGUGAAUCCCAUGACUGGAGUGCGCCAGGUGGAGGUUUCUGUAGACGUCACUCGAGGGGAUGUUGAAAAGAUCCUCGCGGGAGAUGUGUACAGCUGCUAUUGCUUUGCUUGGUCUUCGACGGGCCGCAUCAGAAGUCGAAAAGCCAUCAUCACUCUCGCCUCUGUGGAUGGACGAUGGACUUCGUGGUCAUCUUGGUCAAGUUGUGGUCCGGAUUGCAGACAUCACCGCCGACGCUCGUGCACCAAUCCCACUCCCUCAAAUGGGGGGCGGUACUGCCCCGGCAAAGACGUUUCCACAUCCAAUUGCACGGGUGGUCUAUGCAAAUUGGGCAGAGAGAAAGAACCUGCGCUGUCUUAUGGAACGGAAGCCGAUGAGGAAGCCACCCCAGCAGAAACGGAAGCGGACGUUGCCCUGUACGUCGGUGUGUUCGUUGCCGUCGCCGUCUUCAUUGUGGUCGUCAUCGCGAUGGUGAUGUUGGUGCGGCGCAUCAAAGGGCGGGAUCCCUGCAUGUACAGAGGAGCGGGAACAGAAGUGAUCCCUGUUCAGCCGGACUUGACUCAAACCGCUCUGGGCAACGGUGUUCAAAUGAAUGGUGGAUUUGGUGAAAAACUGGUGACACCCUUGCUGUCCCAUCACUUUCCUAUACCUCCCAGCCCAGCACAGAGCAGAGCACCCCUUCUGGACCAGCAACACCAGCAACGAUCCCUGACACCCAGCUCAACUGGAAAGCCUCCUCAUUCUGGAUCCUGUCCCUCAGUGGUUUCUUCUGCUUCGACAGUAUCCCACCCUUCCACUCUAUCAGACACCGAAACUCCCUCCGGACGACAUUCUGUGACUUCAGCUGCUCUUCCGCCAAAUCUGGACAUCGAAUGCGUUGCCUGGGGAACUGUGACUAAAACUGGCGGCAGAAUUAGCAUACCUGGAUCUGGCAUAACUCUGACGAUUCCCCCUGGCGCUAUUAAGAAAGGAGCGAAUGUGGAAGUUUAUAUUGCCGUUUUAAGAGAAGACAAAGAUCGACCAAGGCUUUCUGACAAAGAGACGAUCCUGAGCCCCGUGGUGCUGUGCGGUCCGUUCGGUGUGUUGCUCAAGAAGUCCGCCAUCAUCACCUUCCAGCACUGUGCCUUGCUCAACUCAGGGAACUGGAAGAUCAGCGUCCAGGCCAGCGAGAGUGGUACGGAGGAAGAAAAUCCCGAGUGGAAGAGUGUCGUGACCCUGGGCAACGAGACCAUCAACACUCCCCUCUACUGCCAGCUGGACGGCCGGCAGUGUCACGUUGUCACCGACCACCUGUGCCGGUACGCCCUGGUCGGAGAGACAGAAGAGGGUGGCGGCUGGGCUGUCAAAUCGCUGGCUCUGGCGGCCUUUGCCCCUGCACUCUACUCGGCCGUCGACUAUAACAUCAGAGUGUACUGCGUAGAAGAUACGAAAGCGGCUCUCCAGGGUGUGAUGCAGGUGGAGCAGAGACUGGGUGGCAAGCUAUUAGACCGUCCGAAAUCCAUACCUUUCCAGGAUGGAGGAGCGAACCUCUGCCUCUGUCUGGAGGACGUGGCGCAAGGAUGGAGGUGCAAGCCCGGGGCCAACUAUCAGGAGAUACCAUUCCAGCACGUGUGGAACGGGCGCCAAAACAACCUGCACUGCUCUUUCACUCUGGAGAACGUGGACCGAUCGCAGAAGGUUCGCUGCCACAUCCUCGUCUACCAGAGAGGAAUCCAGGCUCACAGGCAGAUGCUGAAGGUCAAUCCCCAGGAUAUCAGGGAGAAAAACAAUGUUCCAAGUCCUACUCUCACCUGGAGCGGUCAACCUCUGGGUUCUACGGUAACAGCCAACGAUAACGGGAGUCCGUUGGUCGCGCUUGACCAGCCUAUCGCAGGAUUCAGGUUGACCCAACAGGCAAGGAAACAGCUUAGGACGUUUCUAGAUCCUCCCAAUCUCAACGGAAAUGACUGGAGAAGGUUAGCUCAAGAACUCCAAGUGGAUAGGUACAUCAAUUAUUUUGCAACCAAGCCCAGCCCUACUGAGCACAUUUUAGAUCUGUGGGAGGCGAGGCACCGAGAUUCCAGCGCAAUUACAGACCUGCUUAACAUCCUUCGAAUGAUGGGUCGUGAGGAUGCUGCCAUGGUCUUGGAGAAAGAAGCUGGCUCCUGGCUGUGACUAAUCUGAGAAUGUCUUGUAGAAACUGCUGUCAGCGGCCAACUGCUGCGAUGUUCAUCUGGCUUUUCCGAAUCGUUGCACAAAGUACGACUUCCAGUGGUUGAAGAUCGAGAUUAUAUCAAUAAAUCCAUGAAACUCGGACUGUUUUCAAGAUUGAAGAAGUUUCUGGAUUCCUUGCAGCUGGACAAAAUGAAUGUUCUGUUCGGCAAAGCUAUUGAUAGUUUACAUAUAGCUGUGACUUUCUUUUGUUAGUUCACUUUUUUCAAGAAUGGAUGAUAUUUAUAUCACUUUUUGGAAAUUUUCGAAUGAAAAUUGAACAGAGUUUUUCUUAUCAGAUGAGAGCGUGUUGACUUAUUUUAUACAAACUAGACAUGUUUUAUUUAUGUUUGUGCUACUGUAAAUUUUUCUUCACUACGCGUUAGUUAUGGGACAAUUCUUUUUGUACUUUAUGCUUUAUUUCCACAGUUAUUGUUUUCUUCAAUCACAGAACUGAGAUUGAAAUUUGUUUAUUAUUUUAUCUUGUAUCGAUAAUUUUUCAUAGAGGAAAAUUGCGCUCACUUUUGUAUAAAGCGCGAAAACUAAUGCCUUAAUAGCUAUCAUAGAAUCCAGUAUGUCUUUUGUAUGAGUUUGGUGCCAAGUUCAGAUGUGCCAAACGACUUCUGCUUUUCAAAUUCUUCUCAAUACAUAUUUAAAUAUACUUUUCUCGUUAUUUGAAAUAGAUGAAAAUGAAAUUCAGCCAAGUACAUAGUAUUGGUCUUAUAAAUAGAUUUCCUUAGAGAAUUCGAAAAAACAUUCUCCCCACCCAAAAAAAAAUCUUUCGGAAAUACCUUAUAAAACAUGUUUAGUUAUUGCAAAUCGAAUUUUGCAUAUCUUAGAGGUCUUAAUAUACAUAUAUCUGGUAAUUACAUAGGUGCAAAUAAAAUGUAAUGUGAUAAAAGGAUUCAUAAAAAGAAAAUAAGAAAAAUUGUUUUAAUGUUAUUUAAAAUAAAAUUUUGCUUUUUAUUUCUACCAGCGUGAAAAAGUUUAAUAAAGAAGAAAUUAUAUUUAAUUUUUGAUAAUAAAGAAGAAAUUAAAUUUUCCUCUGCACUGUAUUUCAGAUUCUGAUUCACAAGUAAACUGUUUCACAAAUUCGCAGUCAUGUUGAAAUAUUAUAAUUACUAAAAAUCUUUAAAGUUCAAUA